UGUGAGAGAAGAUGCUACAGAUCUGAGCAGAGUUGUAAAAGUUUUCUCUUAAAGCUUCAAAUACAGCUGAGUGGACGCUGAUACUGACCUGAUUAUUAAUUUAAAUCCAACGUUGAUGUUUGAAUUAUCUCAGGAAGAGAUUUUUUUCACUACAUCCGUCAGGAAAUUUUAAGAUAUUGUUGGCUGAACAGAAAAAUGACCACGAAUCCGUAUUUGAACUCAGUUUCGUGUUACAUCAAUGAAGAUAUCAAGAGGAAACAACCUCCACCCAGCAGAUCAGAGGUCAAGCCUCAGUAUGUUCAUCAUCUGUCCCCAAACCCCCCACCUGAGAUUCCCAUUCCCAAACACAAAGGUACAAAACAGAGGUGCAUUAAGUUCACUGUGGCUGCUGUGAUCUCCCUGCUGCUCCUCCUGCUGCUGGCUGGAAUCCUCCUCGCUUAUUACUAUUCCUCGUCCUGUGUGCAUGGCAUGCAGUGUGGUGAUGGGGGCUGUGUGUGGGAGUCCCAGUGGUGUGACGGAGUGACAGACUGUCCCGCAGGCCAGGAUGAAGCUAACUGCGUGCGGAUGCAUGGUUCCAGUUUCCUGCUCCAGAUCUACUCAACUCAGAGUAAAAACUGGAGGAGCGUUUGUUCUCACGGCUGGACAGAGCAGAAGGGCAGAGCAAGCUGCCAGAAUAUCGGAUACAGCAGGGGGACAUAUUUUAAAUCAGGCCAACAGAAGGCUGACUCUGAUGGUGGAUUCUUAAUUGUGAAGUCUGACUUCAACCCUGAGGCAUCCAUACUGCAGCAGCUUGUGCUCAGUGAUACUUGUCCCAACAACAGUGUGGCAACAUUGUUUUGUACUGAUUGUGGGAGUGGGGUGAACUCCAGCAGGGCCUCUGGGAGCCAGCCUGCUUCUCUAGGCUCUUGGCCGUGGCAGGUCAGCCUGCAGUUUAGUGGCUCCCACCGCUGUGGAGGAGCCAUCAUCUCCCCCUACUGGAUUGUCACUGCAGCACACUGUGUGGCCAGGUCCUCCAGUCCUGGAGACUGGCUGGUCUAUGCUGGGAUAGUGGAUCCUUUAGGCACUCUGUUUAACCCAGCUUACUCUGUGAGACGCAUCAUAGUUCAUGAAGGCUUCAAUAGUGUCACACGCAGGAAUGACAUCGCUCUGUUGAGGCUCUCUAAACCCCUGGACAUCACAGCCUCAAGUAACAUCGGACCUGUGUGCCUCCCAAAUGUUGGUCUAAACAUUACUGAUCAUCAGGUGGGCUGGAUAACAGGAUUUGGUCACACAGGAAAUGGAGACACGGGCUCUCCGUACCUGAUGCAGGCUCAAGUCUCUCUUGUAAAUAGUGCAGAGUGCAACAGCUCCAUCGCUUACAAUGGCAGGAUAUCACAGGACAUGUUAUGUACCAGAGAAACAGAGGCAGCAGCCAAGAUGUGCAAUAUUGACAGUGGUGGCCCUCUGGUGUCCCUCAAGGAUGGAGUAUGGUGGCUCAGAGGCGACAAUAUUUGGGGGGAACACUGCACUGAGCAGAACAGACCAGGUGUAUACGGCAACAUCACCUACUUUCUGGACUGGAUCUACCAUCAGAUGAGGGUAAAAACCAGAGAAAGAUUAAACUUGUAAAGGCUGUUAGACAAAAUCAGGAUUUCUAUUUGAUUUAAUCUGCUUGGAGGAGCAAUAAGAAGAUUUAUCUGUCUGGUGCUCCAAGUAAUACUGCUUGACUCAUGCUUGAUAUACACCAGCUCUUCACCAGUUUGUUGAGUCUUUUUCUGUCUCUGUCUGUGCUUCCCUACUCUCCAGCAGACGACUGCAUAAAAUAUUACACAUGCAACCAAAGUGUCAUAAAGAGUUUUCAACAGAGUCCUGCACACUCCAAAGGACUUCAGUCUCCUCAGCAUGUGGAGAUGACUUUGACCUUUUUUGUACAGGAUGUCUGUGUCGUUGUAACUUUGACUAUGUUCUUGAUGUUUAACAUUGACAAAACACAAAUUAUCAUAUGAAACUAAGGUGUAUUUUUUUCUAUUUACAGAAGCAUCAAGACGACUGAUGACGACUGAGGCAUGUUUGUUUUUACAGUGUGCAGAUACAUUUUUAGAAACGUGCUUCAACAAUAUCUGCAACACUCCCAUAACUUAUUCCUUACAUGUUACUGUUCUGCAUCUUUAUAAUGUAAACAAUGUUUAUGCUCUUUAUAACAUUUUUUUCUAUUUCUGUAUAUUUAUGUGAAACACAUCAUUUUUUUUAUUUUAAUCUGUAUAAAUAUGAUUAAAAUCUUAAAAUGAACAGUGAUAUUUGAGCCAGUAAAUGAUGAUACCAUGUCUCAACACAAGAUGUCACUGACUUCUAACUCAUACUUUGUUCCUUAGGAACCUUUCACAACAAGAAAUAUUUAUUAAUUUAAAAAAGGGAAAAAGAAAAAAAAGAUUUACAUCUUUGAUUUGGUCUCAGGUUCUUUUGUGUACAGCACAAGAAGAAUUUUGGCACAGAAAAAUACACUUACAAAUAAGUGAACAUUCACAAUUUAAACAACUCAAAAUGUUGGCAGACGGUGACAUAUCGAUGCAGCUUGACUCAAUUACUAAAGACCUGAACAGAUGAAGCUGUCACUGAUGUAAAGAGACUAACUUUCUAUCACAGGUCAGUCAGCUGUGCUAGAAAUCCAUCACGUAGCUUCUUUCUACAUGGUAGCUACAAGUAGCCUUCUGGCAAAAAUGCACCAAUUCAACAUCGUGUCUAAAAAGAUUCGUAAUAAUACUACAAUCACGUUCAAAGACAUUUAAAUAUAAAGUCGGACAUAUACAGAAUUAGUAAAACUACAUUAAUACAACAAAUUGCAUAACAGAUUGAUCUUUAGAUUUGUAUUACACUUUUGAUUGUCUGAAACAAAGUGCAAUUCAGCAGUGCAAAUCUCAAACUGCUGAUACUGAAUAUCCACUUGUGUUAGCAGCGAGCUGAGACUUAAAGGCACAACAGGCACUGUAAACAUGUGUGUUACCUUUAGUAAUAUUCUUGUCUUUAGCAGUGAUUCUUUGAGCAGCUUUUCCUCUUAACUUCAACAAACACAGGCAUAUAUUUGACUGCACACCCAUACUGGAGGUGAAUUUUAAAUUAUAACAUGGCAGUAGAAACAUUCCUUCACCGAUGGCAGAGUUAAAUAAAAAAAAAAAAACAUCUGUUGGAAGCAGAUCAUCAGCUGUAAAGGCACAUUUUAGGAGGUUGUAUGCCCUUAGAAAUUAAUAAUACACAGUUCGCCUGGAAAUGAAAUCAGUAACUAUUCAAAAUUGUUCAAGAAUGCACCGAUGGUCGUGAGCAUGUGCUGUUUAGGUCCACGGCCCUGUGAUCGUCUGUAAGGAAGAAAUUCCACCCGUGAUUAGUGUGUUUCGUAGUUUUGUUCUUUCCAUUUGUGUUGGUGAUGUCCUACAUUUCCCAGGAAACCUUUUGAAAAGCCCUAAAAA